UGUCGCUUUGGUCAUGAUGUAUGCUACUACUGUCACGAGCCCGGACACUUCGCGAACCGUUGUCUGAAGAAGGCUCAACAGCCUCAGCAGCCACCGCAGCAGCAGCAGCCCCGUCAGCAGGCACAGAGGCCGCCUCAGCAGCAGCAGAGGGGCAGACAGCAGGCCCGAGUUUACGCAGUCGAUCAGGCAGAGGCCAAGCAGCAACCAGGUACUAUGUCAGGGAUGGUUGUUCUUAAUAAUGUUCCAGUGUUUGCUUUAUUCGAUACUGGAGUGACACAUUCUUUCAUUUCACGACGAUGUCUUGAUACCAUCGGAGUUCAUGCCGUCACCGUUGUCAAUCCUCUCGAGGUGAGUUUAGCCUCGGGACGGAAGAUAGUGACUUCUGCUAAAGCUUCAGAUCUUAGCCUUUCCAUUGGUGGCCGAGUAUUGUCUACCGACGCGUUUGUUCUCGAGAUGAGAGAUUUUGACCUUAUUCUCAGAAUGGAUUGGCUAUCCUUUUAUCAUGCAGACAUCAAAUGCCAUGACCGGGAGAUUAAGCUUUAUCUUCCAAGAGACGAGUCGAUCACUUUUUUCGGCUCCAGGAAUCGUUCAUUGCCUCAUGUUGUUACGAUGGCAAAAGCCACUAA